UUUGAUGAUGAUGUUGAAGUGAUCAAAGCUGUACACGUUACUAUCAUUUUCAAACCAGAGUUACAUCCAACGGCGGGUCCAUAGGCUAUUGCAUGCAUGUGAUCAUCUUAAUUGUUUUGUUGAGUUUAGUAGUAGUAGUGUCGGUGUGAUCAUUUUAGUUCUAUAUAAUAAACCCUUUACUCUUUUCUAUUCUAUUCAAGCUUUAACACACAGAAGCUCUUAAGCUUCUACUAGUACAUUACUUGGAGGCAUUCUUGAUUUGAUCAGCCUGAGGGGCCGGUUUCAGCGCGGUUUCCGAUGCGGAUUCGGUCCGUGUUUCGAGGCGCAUUUUUGUGCUUCUGUUUGUCAUUAGUGUUUUCUGCAAGUUUGUGCUAUGGUGAGGAGGAUCAUGGAGAGAGUAGAGUUGAGGUAGUUGGAUUUGGAGAAUGUGCUGAUUGUGAAGAAACCAACAUUAAGACUAGCCAGGCACUUUCAGGGCUUCGCAUAACAAUUGACUGCAAGCCAGAGAACGGUGAGUUCAAAACAAAAGCAGUUGGUGAGUUAGAUGAACAAGGAAAAUUCAAACUCAAUCUUCCAGACCAUCUUGUCAAACAAGGCAAAUUAAAAGAAGAAUGCUACGCUCAGCUUCACAGUGCAUCAGCCACCCCAUGCCCCGCCCAUAAUGGUCUCAAAUCCUCCAAAAUCGUAUUCAUUUCCAAAGCCAACGGCAAACACACGUUUGGUUUGGCCGGAAAACUUAGGUUUUCGCCGAUAACUUGCACCUCAGUGUAUCUAUGGCCUCAUUUUAAGUACCCACCGCUACCUAAAUGGAAACUUCCGCCUUUUAAAGGGUUCCAUCAUCAUCAUUUCUUGUUUCCUCCUAAGUUUUACCCUCCCAAGACACUUCCACCGCCGGUUCCGGUUUACAAGCCACCGCCAAAGGUGGUGUUGCCUCCACCUGUCCCGGAAUAUAAGCCGCCACCAAAAGUGGUCUUGCCUCCUCCAGUGCCGGAAUACAAGCCACCACCGAAAGUGGUCUUGCCUCCACCAGUACCGGAAUACAAGCCACCGCCUGUUCCUGUCAAGAAACCUUGUCCUCCUAAACCACCAGUUUACAAGCCACCGCCUGUUCCGGUCAAAAAACCGUGUCCUCCCCCGUAUAAGAAACCGCCAAUUUACAAGCCUCCUCCGGUCCCUGUCUACAAGCCAACACCAAAACCAUCUCCGGUGCCUGUAUACAAACCAACACCAAAACCACCGGUCUAUAAACCAUCUCCGGUGCCUGUAUACAAACCAACACCAAAACCACCGGUCUACAAACCACCUCCAGUUCCUAUAUACAAGCCAACACCAAAACCACCAGUCUAUAAACCAUCACCAGUUCCUGUCUACAAGCCAACACCAAAACCACCGGUCUACAAACCAUCUCCAGUUCCAGUCUACAAGCCAACACCAAAACCACCAGUUUAUAAACCAUCUCCAGUUCCUGUCUAUAAACCUAAACCACCAGUGGUUUACGAGCCACACCCACCAUUAUUCCCUAAGAAACCUUGCCCUCCUCUUCCUCCAUUCCCCAAGAUUCCACCGAAGUACUUUCACCACCCUAAGUUUGGAAAGAAAUGGCCACCAUUACCACCUCUAUCUCCAAUUCAUGAAUAAGUUCUACUGGUAUUUCUUACAAGUUGGUAGUAGAUGAGGGGUGAUCAAUAAUAUUUGCUCUUAAUUUAUUUUUAUUUAUAUAUGAACUUUUGGUGUGAAGUUGUCGAUUCCACAAUAAAGCCUUCAAAAGGGUAGAGGAACUUACUAAGUGUGAAUUAUUUGUUAAAUUCAUACACAUAUUGUUGUUAAUUAGGUUAAAAGUAUGUGUGAGUUAAUAAAAUUUAUUGUAUUUCUUGUAAUUGUAAAUGUUACUUUUAUAUCCUACUGCAAUGUUCUAUUUUUCUUUUA